UUGCUCGCUACAAAAGUAUUGCACUGUGUAAACUCGUCCUCCUCCUCCCUUUCACUCGCUCUCGCUGUGUGUUGCGUUCUUCUUGAUGCAGUCAAAUCGGCGAUUUCGGAUAGAUAACACCGAUCACAUAAUUGAUGUUAACAAGGGAAAUAUACCUUUCGAAUACGAUCAAGUUAACAUCAUCUGCCCGGUUUACUCGCCAGGAACUAAAGAAGAGGAUGUGGAAAGAUACAUCAUCUACAACGUUUCUAAAGAAGAAUACGAUUCCUGCAGGAUAACUAAUCCAAAUCCGCGAAUCAUAGCAGUCUGUGAUAAGCCUCAUCAAGUGAUGUACUUCACAAUCACCUUUCGUUCCUUUACACCUCAGCCUGGAGGUUUAGAAUUCCGACCGGGGCAAGAUUAUUAUUUUGUGUCAACAUCAACCGGAGAACUGGAGGGUCUGCACCAGAGACUUGGAGGUCGCUGUGCAACUCACAAUAUGAAAGUCACUUUCAAAGUUUGCUGCGACCCCUCGAAGAUUCCACCUGCACCGGCAACUACUACGAUGAGCACCACCAAAACUGAACCGGCUACACUGUUUCCAGUUAAAAAUAGUUCUUAUUCUGAGGAGACCGUUUCGGUGUCGACUACCCCUCGCUGGUUUGCACCUCCGACAUCUAAAACCACUGUGGUAAAAAGCUAUGAUGUGCCGGUUGAUAAAUCUAAGCCCUCGUCUAAGAAGACAGAAAGCAGAGAUAAGCUUCCAAAUGAGACAAGAGCAAAGAACGAAGAAUUGAUCAAUAGGAGCUCUAUUUUACAUACAGAUAGUGUUUUAGUAACAUCAGUAUCAAUAUUAUUGCUAUUGUUCCUGACCAGAUGAAACAUAGUCUUUUUUUAACUAUUACACCUUAGUGCUCUUAAAAGAUUUUUUAAAGUUGGAAAAAUUAAACUUAAAAAAAAUUAUCAUGGAAAUUCCAUGCCAAAAAGAUCUGGUCAUUGCAAAGAUAAUUUACACAACUGUGUUGAGAUUAUGAUAGUGCACAGUGUUCAUAUAUUAUAUCAAUAUUUUAAGUAAUUGGGUGUAGCUUGCUUCGGAUGGCUACUUUGAAAAUUAACUGAGAUGAGAAUAGAUCUAGCCAAAGCUGGAUGUGCCAAAAUUUUAGAUAUGGUACAAAAAGUGCCUUAGAGGUCCGGCAACAUCUGUGGACUUGAAUAAUGAAAGAAAGAGAAAGAGAGAGAGAGAAAUUGACUGGCCCAAUUUGACAAAUAUUCCAUCAAAAAACAUUCCAAACAUCUAUAUUUCUAUUAAAUGGCAACAAACCCCCUAGCUUGGCAAGAGCUCAUAUGAAUAAACUAUUAAGGGCAUUACUGCAACUUGUUUUUCUGGAAGUGCACUUUCUUGCUUCCAUCCAGCACUUUGUGCAACACCCAUCAUCACAUUGAAUAGAUGGACGUUUCUGGAUGAAGUUUAUUCCCGAAAACCAAAAACUCUCAAUUACAAUGGUUGUAACCCAAAAACUGUAAACUUGUUGUGUCAAUGGAUGUGGAGUUUUGGUCACCGGUAAUUGCUACGAGUGUAUCGCUGUAACACGACAACAAAAAAACAAGGAUAUGGUCGAAUUUCUGUUCCUGGUGUUUAAAAAAAAAAAUUAAUGUUGAGUGUAACCGGUGCAGUAUUUUUCCAAUUCAGCAUUAUGAGAUUCUGUUCAAGUGUGAGGGAACAUUGUAUAAAAAAAAAAA